GAGCCGCCCCCUCGCCCCUCGGGAGCCACUGUCGCAGGGGAGUGUGGGAGCCACAAGCAGCGUGCAGCACAACAGGAGCGAUGGCCGCGUUUAUGGACGACAGCGCCGAUAUGGAGUCUCUGGACGACGUGGCGAAGCCCCAGUCCUACAUUUUUGGCUGCGAGCUCAACGCUGCCAAGAAAGAGUACAAGUUCAACCCGGAGGACGAUGACGAUCAAGCGGAAAUGCACCUGAUGCUGAGUUCGGUGUGCGUGGCGCCCGAGGCGGAGGACCGGUUCCACGUGGUGGAGGUGACCACCCUGGGCAAGGGCGGCAAGCCGGUCAAAAUCCCCAUCGCUACUCUCAAGCCAUCCGUCCUGCCCUCGCUCUCACUGUCAGGGUUCGACCUGGCGGCUCCCGUGGUGCUGACGCUCAAGUGCGGCUCUGGCCCGGUCUACAUCUCGGGGCAGCACGUCGCCUAUCCCUGCAACGAUUUCCUCGACGACGACGGCGAUGAUGAUGAUGAUGAGGAGGAGGAGGAGCCGCCAAAGCUCGUGCCAGCGCCCAACAAGCGGCCUGCGCCCUUCAAGGUGCCGCAGAUUGCCAAGAAAAAAACCAAGCUGGAUGAAGAUGAUGAUGAAGAUGAUGAGGAUGAUGAUGAAGAUGAUGACGAUGAUGACGAUGACAGCAGCUACGACGAUGAUGAUGAUGACGACGAUGAAGAUGAGGAGGAGGUGCCCAAGCAGAAGGUCCUCGUGAAGGCGCCCACCCCGGGCAAGGCCGCGCCUGGCCCCAAAGUGAACGGCACCCCCAACAAAAAGCCAGAGCCCGCACUGGCUAAGACGCCAGUCAAGGCAGACAAGACUCCGGCGAAGGUGGUAAAGACACCGGCUAAGGUGGAAAAGACACCGGCUAAGGUGGACAAGACUCCGGCUAAGGUGGACAAGACUCCGGCUAAGGUGGACAAGACUCCGGCUAAGGUGGACAAGACUCCGGCUAAGGUGGUAAAGGCACCGGCGAAGGUGGCAAAGGCACCGGCGAAGGUGGACAAGACACCGGCAAAGGCAGAGAAGACCCCAGCCAAGGCAGCGAAAACUCCUGUCCAGACGGAGCAGGUGUCAUCGAAGGAAGGCAAAGCGGCGUCAGGGCUCAAGACACCAAAGAGCGGCACGGAGUCCACCAAGAAGGGGGAGGCCAAGCCGGUAGCCACGCCGGGUUCCAAGACCCCCAAGUCGCCCAAGUCCCCUAAAGGUCCCAUCUCCCUGGAGGAAGUGAAGACCAAACUGAAGGAGCAGAUAGAAAAGAACAUGGGCAUGCCCAAGACGGAGGAGAAGUUUGGGAACUUUUUGAAGAGCUCCUUCAAGGUGGAGGACACCAAGGUUAUGAAGGAGCUGUGGAGUUGGAGCUUGACGCAGACAAAGUCUUGAGGAGCUCCCGACACCCAACCCGGGGGGUUUCAUCACAGUCCGUCCAGCUGGGCCCUGUCCCCUGCCGUCCCCCCCCCCCCCUGCCAGCUCAUCAUCCCCCCCUUUUAAUCGAGGAGACUGCGUUAGACAUGACAUUGUUUUGUGUGUGUGUAUGUUCAGGGUUAUUUGACGCGGUUUUAGCAUCACACAUUUUAUUACCUUUUUUUUACUGACGCACGAAGGGUGGCAACGUUAAAUGCAUUCUGCAGAGGCCCCAAACGAUUCGUUAAGUGAAGCUGCGAGAACAGCAGAGGGAGGGAGGCGGCCCGAGUUGAUGCCUGGUUGCUGUUUCUUGGGGGGGGGGGGGGGGGGGGAUCGUUUUGUGGACCCCAAGGAGGAGCGUCCUCCCCGAGGGACAGCGUUUCUCAACCGGGGGUACGCGAGGAGAUUUAUAAAUGUGUGAAAUUGCCAACAUCAGUCAUUGGUGAAUAAUGUGUAUGAAUCUGCCAAUAUUAAAUAACGAGAAAUGUUAAAUCCAUAUGGUAACCUAGAGUGAUAUAGCAGACAUUUCUAAACUCGUUGAUCGUACGCAACGCGGGGUUCCAAAAGUAACCGGUCAACGCAAACCAAUGGCGUCACGCGUGCGGAGCGUCCGUUGAAGUUUUCAUUCGCUUGCAGCUAGCUAGUUAGGAUACCUCACAAAAUGGACGAGCGGUUAAAAUAUUGACGUUCAUUAAUUCGUACAUUUCUCAGAACCAAGGGAUGGGGGCGGGGGGGUACAGUAGUAGCCAAACUAAGGUUGAGAACCACUGCCCUGGGAGGUUCUUGGAGGUCCCCUUGAGGUUCCUGGAGGUCCCCUCGAGGUUCCUGGAGGUGGUCCCCGCUGUGCUCCCUGAUUGUGGUGACCCGCGUGCUUGUGGCGUCUGAUGAAUUUAGCGUGGAGCGUGGCCUUUGUUACCUGUUAACAAUAAAAGUGUGUGGAUACCA